UAAACCGCACCAAAGAAGAAAAAUCACCCAAUCAGACUCUACACGCAGUUGGUGUCAGUCAACAGUACCUUAUCAUCAUUGCGUUUUCUACAGAGAAAAGACCGCGCAUCUAAGGUAGCUUUGUCCCAUUGUUUGUUGAUGCAUAACAUUAGCUUGCCGAUUAGCUUACUGAGGACACAAGUCACAAUGGGGAAAGAUCCUAGGAAGCCAAGGGGCAAGAUGUCCUCCUAUGCGUACUUUGUGCAAACCUGCAGGCAAGAGCACAAGAAGAAACACCCUGAAGCCAGUGUCAACUUUUCUGAAUUCUCCAAGAAAUGCUCAGAGCGAUGGAAGACCAUGUCUUCUAAAGAAAAAGGCAAGUUUGAAGACAUGGCAAAAGGGGACAAGAUCCGAUACGAGAGAGAAAUGAAGAACUACAUCCCUCCCAAGGGCCAGAAGAAGAAAAGGUUCAAGGACCCCAACGCUCCUAAGAGGCCGCCGUCGGCAUUCUUUAUCUUCUGUGCCGACUUCCGGCCAAAGGUGAAGAGCGAACACCCAGGUCUGUCCAUCGGAGAUACCGCUAAGAAGCUAGGCGAGAUGUGGAACAGCUCCUCGGCAGAGGAGAAGAAGCCAUAUGAAAAGAAAGCAGCCACGCUAAAGGAAAAAUAUGAUAAGGAUAUCACCUCAUACCGCACCAAAGGUAGAGUGGAUACGUCCUCUUCUGCAGCUGCCGAUGAGGACGAUGAAGAAGAGGAUGAGGAGGAGGAGGAAGAGGAUGAUGAUGACGAUGAUGAGUAGCCGCCCUGCUGUUGGAGUGUCCAUUCUUGUUUAAUAAUAUGUAAAACCUGUUUUAGAAAUGUGAUGUCUCUGAAAAGAGGCAACAAGAACACCUUAGAUUGUAUAUUUCAUGUUUUUAAAACAUUUGGGGUUACGUUCCCUAACUAGUUUAAGUUAACACUAAGUGUUUUCAAUGGGAUGUUUUAUUUUAAAUAUUUUAGUGGUAGUUCUUUUUCCCUUGCUUGUAAUCGCUUAGGAAGAAUAUAAAUCAAUAUGAAAGAAAUACGUUCUCUAAGUGUGCAACUCUAGAAUCAGAUUUUUGGGUUGGUAGCUAGUGUAUAUUUUUUCCUAUGUUGUCUGUCUUUUUAUUGUUCUUUGAAUACCACUCUAAAACAUGCAGCUGUUGACAUUCAGGAAUGUCUUGAAUAAAGGUCUUUUUUUAAAUAAA